GCCAAGUUUUCGCCUCAAAAUAUCAAUCCGUAUUUAUGCACCCACUUGAUCUACGCUUUCGGCGGGUUCACCAAGGACAAUGCUUUGAAACCAUUCGACAAGUAUCAAGAUAUCGAGAAAGGUGGAUACGCCAAGUUCACCGGUUUAAAAACGUACAACAAAAAUUUGAAAACCUUAUUGGCCAUCGGUGGUUGGAACGAAGGCUCGAGCAGGUUCUCACCUAUGGUAGCCGAUCCUGGCAGAAGGCGAGAAUUCGUCAAGAACGCGAUCAAGUUUCUUCGAAAGAAUCAUUUCGACGGUCUCGAUCUCGACUGGGAAUAUCCCGCGUUUAGAGACGGUGGAAAGCCUCGGGACAAGGACAAUUACGCCAACCUGGUGCAGGAACUGAGGGAGGAGUUCGAGAGGGAGGCUUCGAAGACCGGAAGGCCGAGACUUUUGCUGACGUUGGCGAUGCCAGCCGGCAUCGAGUACAUCGACAAAGGUUACGAUAUACCCAGACUGAACGAAUACUUGGAUUUCGUCAAUCUCCUCUCCUACGAUUACCAUUCGUCUUACGAACCUGCCGUCAAUCACCACGCCCCCCUCUAUCCCCUGGAGGAGGACAACGAGUACAACUACGACACCGAAUUGACGAUCGACUACACCGUUAAUUAUCUGCUGAAGAAAGGUGCCACCUCGGAGAAGAUAAUUCUAGGGAUUCCCACGUAUGGAAGAUCUUACACGCUUUUCAAUCAAGACGCCACCGAUCUAGGAUCACCGGCAGAUGGUCCAGGAAUCGAAGGCGACGCUACUCGAGAGAAAGGCUAUCUUGCUUAUUACGAGAUUUGCGAGAGCUUGGCGCAAUCGGACGAGUGGGAAGUGGUCGAGCCUAAUCGUGACGCGAUGGGCCCUUACGCGUUCAAGGGGGAUCAGUGGGUAGGUUACGACGACGAGGAUAUAGUGAGAUUAAAGGCGAGAUACGUGAACGAGAAGAAGUUGGGAGGAAUAAUGUUCUGGACGAUCGACAACGACGAUUUCCGGGGGAAAUGUCACGAUCGGCCGUAUCCCCUGAUCGAAGCGGCGAAAGAGAGCCUCCUGUCCGACGCCACGAACACCGUUGGGAAGUCGAAGCCGGUCGAGGGCCGCAAGAAGUCUCGGGUUCAAGGGACUCGAAGCGAUACAGAGAGAAGGAAAAAUGGCGGACGAGGCGGCACAACUGCGACACCUGUCUCGAAAAAUCGAAUUCCCACUUCUUCUUCGCGGCCGAGAUAUCGAACGUUCACGCGGCCAAGAGCGAGCGAACAGGACGAGGAGGAAGGGCGAGUCGAUAGACGAUCCUACGAUCCUACGUCCGAGGACGAGGAGAAGCAGGAGAGGGAGGAGGAAGAGGAAAAUUCGGAGAGGGGGAACGCGGUUAACGGGGCGAACAAGCGCGAAAGAUCUAGAGAUAGGAAGAAGAGUAGGGGGGCGAAGAAUCGAUCGAGUUCGAGCAGAAAUCGCAGAAAGCAAAUUCGUCGUAAAGAGGAUCUUGAUUCGAAGGAAGAAUCGUUGAGUAAUAAACUGACUACCCCGGAACCCCCGACCACUCCCGAUCCUGGAACAGAUUUCAAGUGCGAGGACGAAGGAUUUUUUUCCCACCCUCGAGACUGUAAAAAAUAUUUCUGGUGCUUGGAUAGCGGCCCGGGAGGUUUGGGAGUGGUUGCGCAUCAGUUCACCUGCCCUUCCGGAUUGGUGUUCAAUAAGGCAGCCGAUUCCUGCGAUUACCCUCGCAACGUCGCGUGUCCGAAAUCGAAGACGUCGUCGUCGGCGUCGACGACCAGAGCGCCGAUAACAGCCGCCACAAGCCGCACCACUUACCUAUACAGCACCACCACGCGUCGACCUUCCACCGCGAAACCGGAUCCGGAGGAAGAAUACGAAUAUUACGAGGACGAAGACGAGGAAGAAGAAGGGGAGGAAGAGGAAGAGAAAGAGGAAGACAAGGUGACUUCCACUCCCAAGACGCUUCUGUACAAAACGAUCACCAGAAACAAGCCUAGCACUGCCAGUACCACGAGUACUACUACUACUACAACAACAACAGAGGCGACUUUCACGACUUCGAAAUCGAUCGAUUCGGAGGACGAAGAGGAUCCAAAGGUUAUAAAGGAGCUGAUAACGCUGAUCAAGAAAGCAGGUGGUAUAGAGCAAUUGGAGAAACAGUUGUUGCUUCAAGACAAAAAUUCCAAUGAGAGUUCGGCGAACUCUGGCGGAGAGAGUGCUACACCAGCUACUAUAAGUCGCACCUUGUACGAGCGCGUGUUGAAUCGUCAGGCUGGUAAAGUUACGAGCAGGCAGAGAUCUUCGACCAAUACGAAUUUCGCGAAUGGGCCGGGGAGAGCGCAGUUCGAGGGAUUGGAAGAGGUUCCAGAGGUGAAGGGAUUGAGACGAUCGCAGAAACCGAAAUACGUGACCAUCGAGAGACCAAAGCAUUCGACGAAGGAACCGCCGUUGGACGGGGAAGAGGUGGAGGAAGGGGAAGAGGAUCUGGACGGAGACAACACGGAUGUGGCUUCCUCCGAGGAGCAAACGAUUAACAAUCCUUUUCUAACCAGCUCGACGCAGAGGGUGACGCCUAAUUACAUCGAUAUAAGACGCGCUCGACCCUCAACAUCGAGGAAAGACGAGAACGACGUUGAGGAGAAAAACAAGGAUGGAGAAGAGGAGGCGCCAAUUCGACGCCGACGUCCAAGCAAUACCAAGACGAGCUCAACCGAAAAUGUUAGAGACGAGGAAUCUCGUUCAUCCGCGAGCGAAGAAAACUCGCAAACGACUAAAUCCAGAUACGUGAGCGUGCAAAGAUUCAGAAGCACGACUCCCCAAUCGACGGAGGCUGUUUCGGAGAUUGUUGCAUCGACCACGGAAUCGAUCGUUUCGAUCGAACCGUCGAAAAUCGGCGACGAGAAAAUAGAUACGACGACCAGCCCGUUAACAACAAAUACCUUACCUUGGAUCGGUUCGUCCUCGACGUCCAACGACGACAUCCUCCCCGUUGAAACGGAGGCGGGAAGAACGGAAGAAACUGAGACGGAGAGAGCGAUCCUCUCAACGACUUCGGAGUCGAGCUCGACCACCACCGACUCCGUGAAACUCGUAGAAGAUUCGGCGACGGAGAUCCUGUUGACCACGGCGCCAGCGAGCUUGUCCACGUUGUCGAUUCCGAAUACGAGGAUCAGCACCGCGUCGGUGUCUCAGCCGAGGCCGUUCGGCUUUAAUCGAAGAAACAGGCCGUCGACCGAGCCCACGACCACCACCACCACUCCAUUGCCACCGUCCAACGAUCAGACGAGGACCAAGGUGAAUUCCUCGAAGAAUACGGUAACAUCUCGUACACCAGGAAAUUUGUCGUCGACCAGAUUGAGAAAACCCACUGCAUUCACUUUGACGCCAUUGCAAAGCAAAACUACAAACACAUUCGCGAAUCAUCGAAAGACUCAUCUGACCGAUGGAAAAUUACAAACUGUUGUUAACGAAACACUGGAUACCGUGGAUGAAAGAACGGAAACUUCGAAACCUGAGAAAGAUAUCGAUCAAAAUAGUAGAGCACAAGAAAUCGCGGUCACAUUGGCGGAUCCACCGUCUGUGCAAUCAUCAACCACCGGUCGACCAUCGUUACGGAACGCCCUGAAGCGCAAAAUAAGCACUACGGUUGCACCUAGAACAGAUGCAACGACAAGCAGGGCUAGCCUCAGGUUUACACCGGCUCUCAGUGAUCGACAGAAGCCGGGAACGAAGGAUAAAACUCAUCGAAACUCGACGACAACAAGGCCUAGACAACGACCGCCUGUUGUCGAUUACGAUUAUUACGAGGAUGAGGAGGAACCGGUGAUCGGAAAAUCAACCUUCAAUGGAAAACUCUUUCUCACGAGUAAAGGAACUUUUCGAUGCUUGGACCAAGGCAAUUUUCCUCACCCUUACUCUUGUAAAAAAUUCAUUAUUUGCGCCAGAAUGGUAAACGGAUUGGUGAUCGGAGCCGAGUACACUUGUCCUGACAGGUUAUCUUUUGACCCAGUCGGUGGUAUUUGCAAUUGGUCAGCUGGACUUGGCUGCAAGGAAUAAUUUCUUUUGAAUUAUCGAUCGAACAAUAAUUACGAAAAAUAUUAAAUAUUAUCCAAAUGAAACAAAUGAAUCAAAAUCGUGAAGUCACUUUUCUAUCGAAUUAAUUGUACAACGAGACGGAAAGAUCUUUUUUUUUCAUUUUUACGAACACGUGUAGCCAUAACCAAUAGAAAUGAAGCAUGGUGAUAUUAUCGUUAAUAAAAAGUUUGUAAAUAUUAUAGCUAUUGUAUAUACAUAGAUUUAGCUUGCGUUAUUGGAUAUCGUAAUACCAACUUAAUAAUUUAAACGUUGGUAUACAUUUAGUAUAAAAAAGAUUAAAUCUUUAUCUUUUUCUUAAGAUUAUAUGUAAAAUAUUUGCAAGACUUCUUACGAACUCGAUCGAAAGAUUGAAUCAGAUAUAUUAUAUAUAUAUAUAUUUAUAUAUAUAAUACAUUUUGUAUUUGGAAUAAAAGCAUCCAUUUUUAACCACACUGUUAGAAAUUUUUAUUUAAAUAUUUUUUGUUAUUAUUUCGCCCACUUGAUAUGACGCAUACUAGGAUACGUUAAAAACAAUUAUACCCAAUUUUUACGCUUUUUUUUUUUCAAUACAAAAUUUGAACGGUCUUCACUCUCUCUCUCUCUCUCUCUCUCUCUCUCGCGCGCGCGCUCUCGCUCUCUUUUCAAAGACCUUUAUUUUUUUUUCUCCUAGCUUGAUAUUUUAUAAUACUUUUUUUUUUUUGUUAUUAAUCUAGCUGAGGAAGAUGAAAUUGAUAAAACAAAAGUAGUAGAAUCGACAAGUAUUACAUGAAAAAUAUGAUACGAUUGUCGAGCUGAUAUUUGAAACAAAUUAAAAUUGUAAAUAUUAUAUUAAAUUAAUGUAAAAUUAUAAGAAUUAUAAUUAUGCAUACAUGUGAUUAUUAAUGAGAAUGUAUAUGUGUACACAAUACGAUAUUGAACAUAUCGAAAAUUUGAUUUUUUUUAGAAAGAUUUCUUUCGGCAUAUACAUACAUUGAACACAUACGUAGUGAUUUUUAAAUUAAUUAUGUUUUCAUAUUACGAAUGUUCAUAACUUCAUCCAUGGAUAUGUAUAUGUAAUGUACGUGAGUAUAUAUAUAGAUAUAUAUACAUAUGUUGUGUAUGUGCGUAUGUGCGUGUGCGUGUGUGUAUUUGUAUAUUUUUUAUGUGUUUACAACAUAUACUUGAACUUGUAUAGUGUUUGGUAGAUCAGUAGAUCUUUCCAGUUCUUUUUAUAUAUUUUUUUAUCCCUAUAAAAAGCCCAAUAUAAUAACAUUUUUUUUUUUAACGAAAAUAAAGAUAAAAGAAAUUACUGUGAACUCGCAAAAACGCGUUAAGAUAGAUAGAUUGAAGAAGCAUUAAGUUCCAAGCA